AUGCUGGCUUCGAAAAUGCUGCUGCCAGCUCAAAGGAGCUGCGCAGGCCUGGUAGGCUCUCCAGCCAUCCGCCUUCUUCUCACCAGACAGUAUGCCACCGCGAGAAAAUCCGCCGAGAAGCCUUCCUCCAAGACGUCUGUGUUGCUAGCCAGUCCAUUUGCCGGCUCUCAGUCUUCCGAAAAGUCUCAAAAGGACACCGCCAUCAUGCGCACCUACAAGCCACGGACACCGGGCGUGCGACACUUGAAGCGCCCCAUCAACGACCACCUGUGGAAGGGUCGCGCCUUUAUGCCUCUGACCUUCCCCAAAAAGGGCCAUGGCAAGGGCGGCCGCAACUCAUCCGGAAAGAUCACCGUCAGACACCGUGGAGGUGGUGCCAAGAGGAGGAUACGCAUCGUCGACUUUCAUCGACGGCUGCCCGGUCCACAUCUUGUCGACCGCAUAGAACACGAUCCCGGCCGCAGCGCUCACAUUGCCCUGCUCACGAAUGAGUCAUCGGGUCGCAAGAGCUACAUUGUGGCCGCCGAGGGCAUGCGCGCUGGCGACAUUGUUCACAGCUACCGUUCAGGUAUACCCGCAGAUCUCCUCGCCGCCAUGGGCGGUGUGAUUGAUCCUGGUAUUCUGGCUGCCAAGACUGCGUACAGAGGCAACUGCUUGCCCAUGCACAUGAUUCCUAUCGGAACCGUUGUCUUCAAUGUUGGCUCGACGGCCAGGGGCGGCGCCGUCUUCUGCCGGAGCGCUGGCACUUAUGCCAUUGUCGUGUCCAAGGAGGAAGAGACCAGGGACGACGGAACUAAGGUCAUGACGGGCAAGUAUGUUAACGUCCGUCUUCAGAGCGGCGAGAUCCGCAGAGUCAGCAAGGACGCCUGCGCCACUAUUGGAGUUGCCAGCAACCCUCAUCAUCAGUACAGGCAGUUGGGCAAGGCUGGACGAAGCCGCUGGCUGAACAUUCGUCCGACAGUUCGUGGUGUUGCCAUGAACUCUGUUGAUCAUCCCCACGGUGGUGGUCGUGGAAAGUCCAAGGGUAACCGUCACCCGACCAGUCCUUGGGGCACUCCGGCCAAGGGAGGUUACAAGACCCGUCGUAAACACAACUUCAACAAGUGGGUUGUCGAGGCCAGAGUACGAAAUAUGGGCAAGAGGAGAGACAAGAGCCAGGCAUAA